AUGUAUGUCAAGGUAGAGAAUACACGCUUAGAUUUUUUUCGAAGAAACCAACAAACAAUAAGGGCUGAUCUUUAUCAGGGAUUUCUUGAUACCAUAGGCUGUGGAGAAGAAUGUGCAGCAAAUGUUGGAAAACGAGUUAUAUUUCCUGCGACAUUUAUAGGUGGUCCUCGAGAUUUGAAGAAGAGAUAUCUGAAUGCAAUGUCAUUAGUUCAGAGAUUUGAAUUCAAAAUAAAGACUCCUGAUGACUUUGAUAAGUUUGUUUGUGCUGAAAUUCCAUCUUCUGAGAAUGGAUAUUUAAGAGAAAUUGUGAUCAAGCAUUUAAUGCUUGGUCCAUGUGGUCAUCUUAAUCCAGAAUAG